AGCAGCAGUGUUACCAUGGACACGGCGUAUGGGACACAAAGACGGUGGGGCGCAGGAGCUGAGCUAACGGGCUAAUGGGCUAACGGGCUAACAAUUUAACCGAUUUCUCAUGAAGCGUUAAACAAAUUGCCAAGGGUUGAUAGCUGUUAGCCGUGAGCUCAGUGGCAGCGGCUGAUUCGGAGCCUAGAGGCGGGCUAACUGCUGAGAAAAAUACGUUGUUGGCCGGCGUCCAUGCUAACGAUCCGUACUGGUGAGCUAGCAGGAGCGGGAUGGAUGUGAGCUAACGGCGGAGCGGCGGGAUGACAUGCAGGCAUAGACAGUGUUUCAUGUCCACAGAAGGAGGUCCUCUAUGGAUCUAUGCGGCAGGAACCCAAACCGCACAGCGCCAGUCAGAGAGGCUGGAGCUUGUCAAGCAGACGUGCCACUUUGCUCUCGAACUAAUGGAUGGAGCUGGCCGCCACACCCAUUCCAGCUGCUGGCCUGGUUACUCUAUGUCUACUUCGCCAUCACUGGCUUUGGCGUGUUCGUGCCCCUGCUGCCGGUUCAUUGGAUCCCAGCAGGAUACAUCUGUACAGGAGUUAUGUUUGUCUGCCACCUGUGUGCUCACGUGAUGGCGGUGUCCAUCGAUCCAGCCGACUACAAUGUGCGAACCAAGAGCAGCAAAGGACCCGUGCCUGUGUUCGACCGCUCUAAACAUGCUCACGUCAUCGAGAAUUGCCACUGCUACCUCUGCCAGGUGGAUGUGGGCCCAAAGUCGAAGCACUGCAGUUCCUGUAACAAGUGUGUCGCCAACUUCGACCAUCACUGCCGCUGGCUCAACAACUGUGUGGGAAGCAGGAACUACAAGCUCUUCCUCCACAGUGUGGUUUCAGCCUUGUUGGGGGUCUGUCUUGUCCUUGUUGUGGCUUUCUACAUCUUCAUCGAGUUCUUUGUCAACCCGUCCAAACUCCGCAAAGACAAACACUUUCUUGGGAGGAACGAGACGAGUGUGUGGUUUCUAUUCCUGCCAGUGGCUCCAGUCAGCACAGCGGCAGAAGUUAUUCCGAGCCUUGCCGCAGUCACAAUGGCUCUGGGUUUGCUGUCAGCCAUUCUGCUGACUCACCUGUUGUGUUUUCACCUGUACCUCAUGUGGAACCGGUUGAGCACCUACGAGUACAUUGUGAGGCAGCGCCACCGUCAGGACAGCAGUGAUGGCAAGAAAGGAGGAUCAGUAAAGGAGACGGUGGCUUCUCCAGACUUCAUCAAGGAUGGAAACUACUCAGGCACGCUCGGCUACACCAACCCUGAGCUGGAGGUGGAGGAACCGACUGCCGUGGCUGCUCAGGGAGUAGCAGGGGUUCUGGCAAAUGGCAGAUUGAUGGGUGUUUCCAGUCCUGUUAUGGAGGAGGCUGCUCCGGCCGCAGUUCCUGCGGUGCUAAAAACAACUGUGCACACCCAGCAACGUGCUCAGAAAAAGAGGAAGAAGAAGAUCCAUAAGGUACCUGCAGAGGAGACUGAGAAGCUUCCCCCUACUAAUGAUCUGCAAGAGCCCGCCACUGUGUCCACCAUGUCCUUGGGCCAGUGGCUUCCUUUCCCAGCAUUCCCGCUGAGGGCCUCUCUGCCCCCUCUGGCCCCCACCACGGGAUCCAUCCAGGCUGCAGCACCUCCUGAUGAAUACCACUCAGACUCGGCAGAGUCUCUGGAGGAGAUCCCUGUGGCAUUGGCCAAGUUGGGUUCUUCAUCCUCUGCUGCCAUGACUUCACAGAGGGUUAUUUCAUCAGUCCCCCUGCCAUCACCCCAGCCCAGUACUAAGAGGAGGGCACCCUCCCGUGGCAUUAAGAGCGUUGCUGAGCUGAGGUUUGAGAUGGCCUCCACCCAGCCGCCGACAGUGUUUGUCAGUCGUGCAAGUGGCGAGGCAGCAGAGCCGAAGGAUAAUGGCCUCAGCCUCGCCAGGAGGGGUCCCAGAUCCCGGGCGUUGCUGGUCUCAGAUGUAACAUCCAGGAUGGAACAAUAAUUGAAGCAGUCUGUACUACAACAGUCCUCACCGGUACUCUGUGUAGCCUUGCAGUUUUUCCAUCAGUGUGACUCUUUCUUGGUACUGACUGACAGCGUUUCAGUUUCUGAUGACAAAGGUAAAAUCCUGCACACAGUCUUCCUAAAUGAAGGCCUUUCUUUUAUAAAACUAAGAGGUGAACUUAAACCUGCAAAAAGACUCCGUGUGGGCUUGACGUGUUUUUCUCACUGUAGCGUUCUCGUGUCACUCUGUUGUGUCUGUGCUGUCUGGUUCGUCUUCUGCAAGUAGAAUAAGGAAACUCAUAUGCUUUUCUUCAAACCACCACCACGGUAGCCCAAAUCCCGAGGAGAAGAGUCGUAUAUCAGAAAGUCUGUAGUCCUGAACCGAUGACUCAACAAAGAGUCACUGAAAAUAACUGACAGUACUCAGCGACCUCAUGCUCGUGUCAUUCAUUCCUCAGUGUGUUGUUGGCGUAUGCUGGUGGAGCCCGUGUUGGCGGGUAUGGGCCCGGUUUCUUCAAAUAUUGAUGCUUACAGACUGUGGGAUGUGCAAUGCUGUAUACGUCAAAAAGUAAUCUUUGUAGUCCACUUGUGGCAGAAGAUAAAAUAUGGUUAAAAGUGAGUCUAAAAUCUGAUCAAUACUCCAUUUUACCACACUUUCAGAAAUUACACAGAAAGUUGAGGUUGACGACAAAAGAUUUGAGAGGAAACAGAGUGCUUUUUAAAAGAACCACCACUUUAAGAGGACUAAAAUCUGUUUUACCAACUUAUUGAUGUGAAUUUUUGCGUGCUGCCUUUAAAAUAUUACCAAUGUAUUGAGGAAUUCACUUUAAAAAUAUAAUUAGUGUUAAAUUAAAUUGGGAAAAAAUAAGAUGCAAUUGAUUAAGUGGAAUUGACAUUUCUGCCAUUUUUACUUUGUCACAGUGAUAGGUAUACAACCUCAAAUCAGAAAAAGGGGACGUAUGGCAAA